AUGUUUCUGAGGUUUUGUGGCAGUGUGAGGCAUUUUGGGAGGGACAUCAUCAUGCCCAACUUGAAGUCGUCCGUGACCACAACAGCGAGCGCGGUGGAGUACAUGGAUGAAGUAUUGAAGGUGUUGCCGCUAGGUGAGGCCAAGAAUGAGGAUUCACGAACACUGCAAUUCAAUUAUGGUUCAUUCAAACAUAAGAGCACUAACUGCAUUCCCCUUCUCCCCUUCUCCCUUCCUGCUGUGCGAAGCCGUGCCCCAAACCCUCUACCAUCUUAUUUCAGUCCCCACUCUCUACCAUCUUCCAGGAAAAAAACACUAGCAAUCUUACAUGAGUUCCAAGUUUUGCAGGUCGUUGCUGUUUGUGAAUGUGGUUUGGAUUAUGACAGACUUCAGUUCUGUCCGACAGAUAUGCAAAAAAAGUACUUUGAGAAACAAUUUGAGUUGGCUGAAGCAGUAAAGCUGCAUUUUCUUCACAUGUGUGCUGCUGGUGAAGACUUCUAUGAAAUCAUGACACAAAAUUUGCACAGAUUCCCUGGUGGGGUUACACAUUCCUUCACUGACUCAACAGAAGAUCAGGAUAGGCUACUUUCUUUUGAGAAGAUGUUUAUCGGUGUUAAUGGUUCCUCUCUGAAAACUAACCGAAAUCUUGAGGUUCUACGAGGCAUUCCUGUCGAGAGGUUGAUGAUGGAAACAUAUUCUCCAUAUUGUGACAUAAUAAAUACUCAUGCUGGAAGCCAGUAUGUAAAAUCUGUCUGGCCAUCCAAGAAGAAAGAAAAGUAUGAGCCAGAUUCAACAGUAAAAGGUCGCAAUGAGCCUUGUUUAGUCAGGCAAGUUCUUGAGGUAGUGGCUAGAAGCAAAGAAAUUUCUGACAUAGAAGGCCUGAGUAGAACUCUGUACCACAACACAUGCAGGCUCUUCUUUCCUCAGGAUCUUGACGCGUCUGCUAAUGCGCAGCUUGAGAGUGGUACUGCCGUCCAGGAUUGCUGAUGUCAGAGUGAUUUUUUAAAAAAAUGUUUCCUUUUGGUUGGCGUUUGGUUUCGUACAACUUCCAAUAUGCCUAUGAAAUGUUUUUGGUCUUAUAAUUUUCCCUCGCUGCCAAUUUUGCCAUGUUUCAUGAGCCUGAUGACAUGUCAGGCAAGUCCUGACUAUGUACAAGUACCCUACUGAGACUAUGUCGUAAAAUCAUUUAGGGCUGAGCAUGUACAAGUACAGUUUGAUGGCUAUGUUGUUCACUACAAUCAAACAACAACUAAGCUCUAUAUCUAUAUUUUAUACAAA